AGAGAAAUGACUGUUCUCAAAGCCGGAGCGCUUAUCUCGCUACUUCUGAUCGCCGAUACAAGCUGUCUCGCUAACAAAAGAAGGAACAACCGAUUUCUGAGAAAGUUUGGUCAACCAGAGAAAGAAGAAAAUAUCGAAAAUGCAAUCGAUUCGCUCGGACAGAUGAGAUUUUUCGAUGAACUUGAAUUAACCAAAUCUAAUCAAGUGCAUUCUAAGAUUUUGUUCAAAGUUGAAAGUUUAUUGUAUCCUCGAAGUGACAAGCGGAAGUUAAAGUCGAUCAUGAAGAUCGUGCUUGGAGUGUUUCUGAUCACCGUGGCGAGUGCUUUCGAUCACCAUGACACUUAUUCAUGGAAACACAGAGAGGAUUGUAAAAUUGCAACUGCAAGCCGAUCGAUCAUACCGAUCAAAGUUAAAGAAUCUCGUCUACAGCGGUCCGAUGUAUAUCCAUCGAGAAGGUUAAAUCGGCGCGAGGACAAUGUUCUUCAAAACUCACCGAGAAGAUUCGCGAUGGCCGACGAUUCGAAUGAGCCUCACGAUCUCUGGAAACCCGAAGCUUCCAGAAUGAGACAAGAUCUCACGCGUGAAAAUCGAGCCAUUGAGAGCAACCUGAAAAACGUGAUAGGCAUACCGUCCAAGGUCGAACAAUAUCAGUACUUUUCGAAUUUUCCGUACGGCGGUGAUGGAACCACUGACGCCAUAUUGGAGAACACGGAUCACCCAAAGAAUUCUAUGUUCUCUGAAGAUAUUCAAGAUCAUUUUUUGAAUCAUAAUACAGAAGAGAUGGAUUGGAGCGGGCAGGAAGUAUUCGAAAAGGACCUGCAAAACGAUGAGAAAGAGGAAAUAAAUAUUCAAGAAGUAUUGAAUGAAAUCAAACGAAAGAGAUUAAAUGGAGUGCAUGACGAAAUGGUAGACGGACAUCGACAGGGCAAAGGGAGGAAGUUGACCAGUCAGCAGCAAGGUGCCUUGCUAGUGGAGACACUCAGGAAGAAGCGAAACUACACCAAUGAUCAUCGAGGACAUAACUCCAAUCUCCAGAGCGGUCUUAUGGAGAUGUUGGGUAGAAUGAUACCGCAAACGUGCAAGUACAAAGGUGCGAGAUUUGAGUGCGGCCUCAGCCUUAGCUGCGUUUUUAAUGGUGGUCGACCACUCGAUUUAUGUUCCGGAGGUUUAAUAUGGAGCUGCUGCGUGGACGACCAAGAUAUACCCGAAAAAGUACCGCGACCGACUGUGGGUCUGUUACAGAAUGCCACGUUUACCCUAAAUCUCGGGCACCAACAGCCACACGUGGAUGACGACGUGCACAUUUACGGCAGCGCGAUUAGGCCUAAUAGGCCCUCGCACAGCCAAGAGACCCAUCGGCCCACGUAUAUGGAUGGUGUCAGUAAUCCAACCAACCAUUACGAUUCAUCUUACGCGAUUUGGAAUCAUAAUCGGCCGAACGAUCUCGCAGUCGGCCAUGACCGACCGACGUUCACCACUCGUCCGUAUCACACAGUUCAGGAUUAUCCACAGGACGAGUACAACAGCGGUUAUCCGCCCGCCGCUUCUAGUGACCCAAUCGAGGACUCGUCCAAUGCCAUGGACUACUCCAGAUACCGUGGCUGUGGCGAGCUCUAUACGAGGAGCAAUAGGAUCGUAGGUGGACACUCAUCUAGUUUCGGUAGCCAUCCGUGGCAGGCCGCUAUUCUUAAGUCAGGAUUCUUACAAAGUAAGAAGCUGUCUUGCGGCGGCGCCUUGCUGAACAAUCGAUGGGUGGUCACAGCGGCACACUGCGUCGCGACAACACCAAAUAGCAAUUUGAAAGUUCGACUCGGGGAAUGGGACGUUCGAGACCAAUCGGAACGGCUUGUCCAUGAAGAAUUUAAUAUCGAGAGAAAAGAGAUACAUCCGCAAUAUUCUCCUACCGACUUUCGAAAUGAUGUGGCUUUGGUGAAGCUGUCCCGGAUAGUAGCUUUCAAACAGCACAUCGUCCCGGUUUGCCUGCCGGCGAGGAAUUUGAAGCUCUCCGGCCGAACCGCAACUGUCGCUGGUUGGGGACGAACCAGACAUGGUCAAACUUCGGCGCCAUCCGUUCUUCAAGAAGUCGACGUUGAGGUAAUACCGAACGAUAAAUGUCAGAAGUGGUUCAGAGCAGCCGGAAGAAGAGAAACCAUACAUGACGUAUUUCUCUGUGCGGGAUAUAGACAAGGCGGACGAGAUUCUUGUCAGGGUGAUUCUGGCGGACCGCUCACAAUGUCGGUGGAAGGCAGACACGUUCUGAUCGGUUUGGUUUCCUGGGGCAUCGGUUGCGGUCGCGAACACCUACCCGGUGUGUACACCAAUAUCCAGAAAUUCGUGCCCUGGAUCGAUAAAGUUAUGAGCUAAAGCGGAGAAACUUCAAUCCUUUGAAGGACGAAUUGUUUUACCCGAAAAAAGAAAGAAG